GGACACCUGGGUGUCCGUCCCACCCCCCCCCCCCCCGCAAUGACACGUGGACCCCUGGAUCCCUCCCUGAUGCCUGGUCUCUCUCGGAUGCUUGGGUCCCGCCUCGGACGCCUGGGCCCCCCCGCAGCCCCCCCGGUGCCCCCCGCUGCCGUCGCCGCCGUCGCCUUCGGGGCCUUCGUGGUGGGGGCGGCGCUGGCGGGGGGGCUCUGGCUCGUCCACGUGCGCACAGCCCCCCGGAUCCCGCCAGUGCCCCCUGGUCCCGGUGCGGCCCCCCGCCCCCGUGGGAGCCAGCCCAGGACCCCAGACCCGAAGCAGCCAGCGGGUGGGACUGCGACACCCCCAGCAAAAGCCUGAGCCCCAAACACCUGGGCCCCUGCGGGGACCCUCCCCCCCUUCAUCCAGGACCCCCCCCCAAAACACUGCUGGGGGAUAUAAAGGUGCUGCU